AUGGAUUCGAUUAGGUACGAGAAUGAGAAAGUUACAGACGAUCAGGAUGAGAAGGCACAGCAGAAUGGAAUCAAUGACAACGAUAGGAAAUCCCAACUUCAGGCUGAAAAAGCUACAAAGAGAAAGGACACCUUCAACAGCGCACUCAGUCAGUACAACCCACAAUCAGACAGUGAAGCUAUCGGUGAUCCCUUCAAAACGCUCUUCAUUGCACGCUUAACCGCUGAAACCAAUGAAUCCGAUUUACGUAAGGAAUUUGAAGUCUAUGGCCCUGUGGAAAGAGUUCGUAUUGUUCGUCAUAAAGACACGGGAAACAGCCGCCGUUAUGCCUUCAUUAUAUUCGAAAAGGAACGCGAUAUGAAAGCAGCGUAUAAGGAUGCUGAGGGUUUGAAAAUCAAUGGCAAUAGAAUCCUCGUUGACGUCGAACGCGGUCGUACCGUAAAGAAUUGGAAACCUAGGCGUUUAGGCGGUGGUUUGGGUGGUAAACCUAAAGUGGUUAUCCCCGACUUACCUCCGCCACGAGGACCUCGAGGCCCUCCUGGUGGUUCUAGAGGUGGUUUUGGUCCUCCAGGUCCACGAAGAAGCGAUGGCGGUGGUAGAUUUGGUCCUCCAGGUGGUGGUCCUGGUCGCUUUAGCCGCGACCGCGACCGUGAUCGUGAUGGUCCUAGAUUCGGUGGUGAUCGCCCAAUGCGUCACUGGGGUGGCCCUCCACGCGAUAGAGAUAGAGGUGAUAGAGACGGCCCCAGAAGAUCUUUUGGCGGUUUCAAGAGGGAAUUUGACGGUGGAGACGAUCGGGAUGCCAAGCGUUAUAGAUAUUAG